UCCUGUGGACUAUUUCGGGCAGGCCGCCCGUUUGGAGGUGUUCGGGACCGCUGAAGCCAGGGACAGGACAAAGAGAACCUCUAUUCUCUUUUCUUUCACCAAGCGCGAACAAAAAGCUGCCCUAAAAUGGCCGAUAUCGACGGUUCGGAUCCAGAUCUCGCGAGAUUUGACGAGAACCCCGCGGAGCAGGAAGGCGGAGAGGAGGAGGAUAUGGAUAACGACGUGACAGAUUCUCAUGACCUGGCAACUACGCAGGACUUUGACGGGGGACCUUUGGAGAUUGAGGUGGAAGACACAGUCACUGAUAUGAAUGGGGAAGAAGAAGAAGGGGUUUCUGAAACACCUUAUAAAAUCCCCGAGGGCCUCCUUGAGAUGGUACCGGAGGGAAUGCUUCAGUCGGAGACGAUGCAGAAGAUAGUACAGAUGCAACUCGAUAUCAUCCGCGAAGACUACGAGAGAGUUGAGGAGUUCGAGAGCACGUACACGGAACAGGUGGUGGAGACUACCAUGGGAACGACGGCAGACAGGUCGACAAAGGGCGGUUCAAAAGACGAACCGACAAAACCGGCCGAGAAAUCGGCAGAAGCCGCCAAGAAGGAACCAGAACCGAAGGCGGUGGCAGAACCUCCUAAGAAAGAGCCAGAAAAGAAGGAGACAGAACAAUCCAAGAAAGAGCCUUCAAAGGAAAAUCCAGAAAAGAAGGUUCCUUCUAAGAAAGAGACAGAAAAUAAACCGGUGGAGGUUAAAAAGGAGCAGCCGGGACAGAAGGAGGCAGCACCUAAAGCUAACCCGGCGACGACUCCAGUAAAAAAAGACGCCAAGGAAGAGGAGAAGACUGAUGCGGGGAGACUGGGUACGGGCACGUCGUCUGAAGAGGUUUUGGGAGCUGCCGCCAAGAAGUUCGGCGCCAAAGCCGAACCGGCGAAGAAAGAUGAAAAACCACUGGGCGCCGCCAAAUCCCCAGGGAUCAAGAAGGCACCUGCAGGUGCAAAACCCGGCGAAGAGUUUCACUUCGAAACCUCGAAGGAGGCUCUUACGGAAGCCGAGAGGCAAAAGAAGAAGCAGAAGGAGCUGGAAGAAAUGCUGAAGAAGGCUCUUGAGGAGGCGCGCCUGGCGGAGGAGGAAGCCCGCCGUCUUGCGGAACUCGAGGCCCGACGCAAGCGGGAGGAGGAAGAACGUAAGCGCCGUGAGGAAGAAGAGAGAAAGCGCCGCGAGGAAGAGGAGAGGAGGAAGAGAGAGGAGGCCGAACGCAAGCGUAAGGAGGAGGAGGAACGUAAGCGGCGUGAGGCUGAGGAGAAGAAGCGGCGCGAGGAGGAGGAACGCAGGCGUAAGGAGGAGGAAGAGCGUAAGCGGCGCGAGGAAGAGGAGCGCAAGCGGCGUGAGGAGGAGGAGAGGAAGAGGCGGGAAGAGGAGGAGGCUCGCAGGAAGAAGGAGGAAGAAGAGGCGCGCCGAAGGAGGGAGGAGGAGAUGAAGAAGAAAGCGGAGGAGGAGGCGAAGAGAAAAUCUCAGCUUGCCGACCCGAGCCAGCGCUGGCAGCGUCUCCGCGACGAGAAGCUUGGCGUGGACAGCAGCACCGACCCCCGCCUGCAGCGCGUCAGGAUGCGGGAGGAGGCAGCUGACGAAAGUCGUCGCCGCACCCGCAGCGAGGACGAGGCCGUCGUUCAUGCUACCGAGCAGGCUAGGCGUGCAGCGAAGCUGGCUGCGAGGAAGACCGCCCGGGAGCGCCGCGCCAGGAUGCCCGGCCGUCAGCCGCUCGUCCGCUCCAUCACCAACGUGCCCGCCAACGAGAAGGUCGCCAGGGAGUACCUGAACUACCUCCUGGAGGACCUCAACCGCCGCGCCCCUCACCAGCGCAUCCGAGCCGGCGCCGCCAUGUACGAGAAGGACGAGAGCCGUCAGUACAUCCCGCCCGCCCUCAAGUCCAAGGACGAGUUCAAGCGUCUGAACGCCAAGUGCAAGAACGAAGACAGCGUCGACAUCCUCCUGGAUGACGCCAUCGUGGACGACGUGGAGCGUAAGCAUCGUUCAAGCGUCAUCGACAGGGUGCUGGAUUUCCUUAAGACCCACAUGCCUGUCCCAGCCACUGAGAUCAUACUUGGCGGGUCUAUCGGCCAGGGCACCGCCGCGCCGUCCUACGCUGCCGUCCAGAUUGUCGUCCUGAGCGACGACUUCCCGAAGGGUGGCCAUGAGAUGUGGCUGCCGUCUGCCGUGGUGGCCUACCGCAAGAUCCUGGAGAAGGCCGCCCUGGAGGAGGGUCAGCUGCCCGACCUGACGUUCGUUGGCCACUCCCAGACCACCCUACAGUUCAUGGUGGAGGACGUGGACGUGGACAUGUACUUCACGCACGAGUGGGGAGACACCGAGCACGACUACGACCACCUGUACCGCGAGGCCAUGAUGAUCCGGGAGACCAAGGCCCGAAACUGCUAUGCCAUUUCUGCCGUGCGCCGUCAGAACGCGUGGGUUGCCGGACUCCCAGAAGUGGUGAAGGAUGUGGUACGUAUGGUGAAGAACUGGCGUAACUGUGUGGACUGGGGGGAGAAGAAGAAGCGCCCCAACUCCUACCUGCUCACGCUCAUGGUCCACAAGGCCUACGAGGAAGCUUGCAGAUUCACUGAGGAUGUUAACGAAGCCCCGAUGGAAGAGGACAUCCUGAAAGAGUUCAUCAACCUGUCGCAGAAACUGGACAGAGCCAUCGGCAGAGUGACUUGGAAUGACUACUACGACCCCGAGUUGUACCGUGUGGAGCACAUCAGCCGGCUGCCGGUGGUACAGGACCCCGCCAUGCCCGCCUUCAACGUCGGCGAGACCAUGGAGUCCUGGAACAUGAUGCGUCACGAGGCGUGGAUAUGGGGACAGAGUCUCGGCAUCCUCAAGCUGUAAAGUCUCGAAACGGUGCUUCACAACACACCCGGACACCUUCCAGUGCCUGUAGCUGUUUAAGACUUUAAAAAAAAUAGAGACUGCCUCCUGGGCUGGCCUGGUGGCCAGUCUAUCGCGGUUGGAGCGGGUUCUCUUCGGGGCUGCAGAAGCUCUCCC